UCAUGUUUCUUUUUUUAAAAUCACUCAUUGAAGCUGUGGUUUCAUUCCAUUUUUAAAUAUGUAUCUUCAUCUGCUGCAUGACUGCCAGAAAUAGCAAUUCAUCACCAUCAUCAUGCAGAAUGCAGCUACUGUACUGUAUCCAACCAGAUGUGAUUGAGUUCAGGUCAUUGAAUUUCAUGGAACAAAUGGCGUUUCAACAAUCACCUGCUCGUUCAGCUGUACGUUUUUUCAUCUGUUAGCGGUGCUUCUUUUUUUGCAGCAUUACGCUAGGCAUGACUGUGUGCAUUAUUCACAGCAUUGUGAUGCGCAAUAUUGUUAUUUUAUUCACCCCAUUGUUCCGCGUGUAUGGUGAUGCGGUCAGCUUUGUGCUGACUAUGGAUUGUGCGAGCACAGCUGAUCUGGCUCAGUCAUGGGUCCGUGUCAGUUGGAGUUGGAUAAGCCUUGUACUGUUACAGAGAUGUAGUUGUCCCGUGCUGGCUGUUAUUAGUUUACUUAGCAAAAUGCAGGAGUCUCCGAAUUCACUCGGCAUGGAUGGAGGGUACACCAGCAAUGUCCCUGCCUUCCUCACUAAACUCUGGACUCUGGUGGAGGAUCCUGAAACAAACCAUCUCAUUUGCUGGAGUGCCACUGGUGCAAGCUUCCAUGUCUUUGACCAGGGCAGAUUUGCCAAGGAGGUGUUACCAAAAUACUUCAAACACAACAACAUGGCAAGCUUCAUUCGGCAGUUAAACAUGUACGGGUUCAGGAAGGUGGUGAACAUUGAGCAGAGCGGGCUGGUGAAGCCAGAGAGGGAUGACACCGAGUUCCAGCAUCUGUACUUCCUGCAAGGCCAUGAGCACCUCCUGGAGCACAUCAAGCGGAAGGUUUCACUAGUGAAGAGCGAGGAGACGAAGGUCCGGCAGGAGGAUCUGAGCAAGCUGCUGUAUGAGGUGCAGGUCCUGAGGAGUCAGCAGGAGAACAUGGAGUGCCAGAUGCAGGACAUGACACAUCAAAACGAAGUCCUUUGGCGGGAAGUUGUCUCUUUAAGACAGAACCACUCGCAGCAGCAGAAAGUAAUGAACAAGCUGAUUCAGUUCCUGUUCAGCCAGAUGCAAUCGAACUCGCACAGCAGCGUUGGAAUCAAGAGAAAGCUACCUCUCAUGCUGGAUGAUGGAAAUGCUGCUCCACCCACCUCCAAGUUUAGCCAUCCUCUGUCAAUGGAGCCGCUUCACGAUUCAUACUUUCAGUCUCCAUCUGCAGAAACUGCCUCCUCUUCAAACAGUGCUGUAAUGGCUGGUGGACCAAUCAUAUUGGAUGUCACUGAAAUGCCACAGCCAGGUUCCAUAGCCAUGGCGUCACCAAUGGAGGAAUCCAGGGAGUGCCUGCUGCUGAUCAAGGAGGAGCCAGUGAGCCCCAGGCUGCGUGGGCGCGGGGAGGCGGUGUCGCUGGGCUCCUGCGAGGUGUGCGCCGAGCCGCCCGUCCUGCCAGUCUCCAUGGUGCAGUCCGUCCUGGAGGAACGGGGCGCGGGGGGCUUGGAGAGGAGGACAAAGAGAGCCGCGCUCGAUAGGACAGAAAUGAGCGACAGCGUGGAGAAUGUUGACGUGAGCCUUGAGGAUCUACAAGUGCUGUUAAGGAGUCACCAGCAGAACUUCGAGCUGUCCUCUGCCACUGAACCGUUCAAUACCACUCUUCCUUUGACUGAAUGGAACUUUACAGACAUGUAAAGUUCCAUUUGAAAUCG